GACUCGUCUGUCCAACUUUCCCCGGAGCCAGGAGCACUCGGAGCAGGAGCAGCAGGAGCAGGAGCAGGAGGAGGACCCGGUUCUUCCCUCAAGGAGGAAACUUUGAACCACGAGGUGACAAACACCGGACCUGAAACUUUUCUCCUCCACCUCUGAAGACAGUUUAGGGAAACAAUAAAAAAAGAAAAAUGGCAGACAGCGAGCACGUCUCCUCCACCACCACCUCCUCCAGCCCUCCUCUGUUCGGGGAGGAGGAGGUGCACCACUACCAGGCCGAGCCGGACCAGGACCUGGUCAGCAUCGACGACAUUGUGGACUUGGUCGGCGGAGCUCAGGACGCCUUGGACCGACACUUAGCCGCAGACAGUGAGUUCACAGAGGCGGAAGCCCUGCACGAGCCGGGAACGAUACCAGAACCAGAACCGGAACCGGAGGAACCAGAACCAGAACCAGAAGUCCCGGACUCCACCAGCUUCUCUUUUGUCCCCGACACUCCUUCUCUAGCCACCGAGGAGCCUGCAGUCAUCGCCCCUAAAGUGGAGCCGGAGAGCACGGAGAUCCAGCCCCCGGAGCCCCAGACCGCCGCUGCCCCCGAGCCGGAGCCUCCUGCCCCGCAGAGCGACGCCCUCCAGCCGCGGACAGCAGCUCCGACCCCCGCAGAGGCUCCACAGCGACCAGCGGUGACGGAGGAAGCACCACCGGCUCCGGCGUCAUAUGUACCUUCUCCUUCUAAAGCUCAGCCUCAUCCUCUGAUGCAAUUCCCUACAGCACUUGGGCAGAAGGGUGAUUCCCCUGCUCCCAUCUCUCCUCUCUCCCCUCUUCACUCCCCCGACUCUCUGGAGGAGCUCUCUCUGACCGAGAGUCCCAACCAGCCCCCUCCUUCAGGAUUCGCUGCGUCUUUGGGCUCCUUCUCCACUCAACCCCCCACUGCUCCGUCCAAGGACAUGCCUUGGGUGGGUGAAGAGGGUGACUCCGGACCGGGCCGUAGUAAGAUCAAAGAAGAUCUCCUAGAUCCGUUAGCUGGUCCUUACCUCAGUUUAGGGAAAGACCCAGGGCCUCAUAACCCGUGUGAAGACAGCGGAGUUUCCUUUUCACCUGAGGAGAAGCUGGUUAGCUCAGACAGGUCCUCCACUGGCCCCUCCCCAGUGAACCCCCAGAUGAAGGUCCCUGAGUCUCACCUUGCCUCCUCUAACCCAACAGAGCACUGGGAUUCACCUUUCCUAGCAUCUCAAGACAACUCCAAGGGAUCCAUGGAUACCUUCUCCAAGGACACAGCUCCCAUUAGCUCUUCCAGGUAUGAGCCGGACCUGCACGGCAACCAGUCUGACGAAGACGACGACCUGAUGUAUGAAGUGAAGAAGAAUAACAACCCGUUUGAUGGCUACUCCCCACUGGCGGACAGCGGAUACUCCCAUUUUGGAGACUCCAAAACCGACAGCAGGGCCUCAAAAAUGUCAGAGAGUCCCACUCCGGAUCUGGUCCAGUAUGGCCAGAGUGGAGAACCCCAGGAGGCCCCGGCAUCUUUCUUAGACGAGGGGAAAACAUUCGAGACAGGCAAGAUGGCUGCUGACUCGCUCAUGCAGUCUAUGAAUCAGUUCAGCACUGGUCUGAAGGAUGAUGAUGAUGAGGAAGAGGAAGAAGAUUCUGUUCUGCCGCCGUCGCUGCCGGACAUCCUGAAGUCUUCUCCGCUCAACCCGGACAAACUGGACUCUGGCUCCUCGGAGGGAAGCCCGGAGGAGCAGAGCCCCAUCCUCGAACGGAGGAUGAUGGAAUCGCCCAACCCUCCCAUCAACCUGUCGGCCAACAACCCGUUCGCCUUCGACGCUAAAGUGUCCCUGCUGAAGGAGAUGACCGAGCAGAUGGAAGGGAGAGUGGCCGACAAAGCAAACGUCGAGGACGACAAGAGCUUCGGCGCCUUCGAUCUGGUCAAAGAGGCGGAGGAGACCACCCCCACCAAGGUUAAAGAAGAGGAACCGGUCAAGAUCGAGCAGAAAGAUUGGUUUUCAAGCCACGACUCUCCCAAAAUGACCGAGAAGUUUGAGCCACUUGACUUCAAGAGCAAAAAGACCCCCGCUGAGGAUUCAGACUCCGAGUCGCCAACCGCCGACUCCCUGUCUCCGGUCCUGGAGGCCAUGGCCAAGAACCCCGCCAGCUUCCAGGUGGAAACCGAGAAGAUGGAGCAAAAGAUGGAGGUGGAGGAGCCGGAGGUAGCCGAGGAGGUCUCUGAGCACGAAGUCUCCUCUGAGGAGUUCGAGUUCAUCGAGCGACCACCCAGAGGCGUCAUCGACGAGUUCCUUGAGGCUCUGGAUACCUCCAAGUUCGCCUCCUCCAAGCCCCCGGAGAUCCCCAUGGAUGACGAGCCGAGCUUCGGGCUGAAAGACGUGGCCCCGGUUUCGGCCCCGCCCCCGGAGGUCGAAGAGGAGGCUCCGAGUCAGAGCUCCUACCGCCUCCUCACCCAGGCCUCCCCCCAGAAGAGCAAGGCGGAGCUGGAGAAGCUGGACAUCCAGCAGCCCCUGGCUCCACUCGUCCACUCCCCCGUCCGCAAACCGGAGGAGGUGGCCCCUCAGAAGAGCUCGGAGGGCGGCAAAGUGUUUAAGAUGCCAAACGUGAACAUAAGAUCAGUGGUGGAGCUGCUGUACUGGCGGGAUGUGAAGCGGACCGGCGUGGUGUUCGGCGCGGCGCUGCUGCUGCUCCUCUCUCUGACCGUGUGCAGCAUCGUCAGCGUCUCCUCCUACAUCGGCCUGGCGCUGCUCUCCGUCACCAUCUGCUUCAGGAUAUAUAAAGGCAUCCUGCAGGCCAUCCAGAAGUCUGACGAGGGGCACCCCUUCAAGCAGUACCUGGACCAGGAGGUGGCGCUGUCCGAGGACGUGGUGCACAAGUACAGCGACCUCGCCCUCGCCAAGAUCAACAAGAGCAUCGGAGAGCUGCGGCGCCUUUUCCUGGUCGAGGACCUGGUCGACUCCAUCAAGUUUGCUGUUUUCAUGUGGAUCCUGACCUACGUAGGAUCCUUGUUCAACGGACUCACCAUCCUGAUCCUGGCUCUGGUCGCAGCGUUCAGCUGCCCGAUCGUCUACGAGAAACACCAGGUUCAGAUCGAUCACUACGUGUCUCUGGUCAACAAUCAGGUGAAAGACGUCGUUGGAAAGAUCCAGGCGAAGGUUCCCGGCAUGAAACGUAAAGCAGAGUGAAGAAGAAGAAGAAACGAGAGUCAACAGGAAGUCCUGAGGGGAGGGGGGGGGGG